AGGUGAGCGCCGCGGUUGUUGCGGGGGAACAAAAAAAAAAUUAGUGACGUAGAGGGCAGUGAGCAAAACACGAACGCGAAACGCCGUACAUUAUAAAUACUCGUACUGCAUUAACUGAGUAUUAAAACAAAGAGAUGUCUCAAUAACAAUAUACAGACAAUUGACGAGUAAAAAGAAAAUAAAAAGAAUUGGUGUUUCGCGAACGUCCUCUGUUCAGUAAAGUCACUUUUUCCUUCCCUUUCCCUCUUUUCCUUCACCCACCCUCUCCUAAUAGAGAAUUCUUGGUAGUCGUGUUGUCAGUCCAUUGUUACUGUGCAUAUCGUUGCACGAGAGGUUUCAGCAAGUUUCAAACAAAAGUGAAAUUUUUUGUAACUCUUCGAAAAUUCAACAAGAUCGAAUCUUAGCGAUUCUCAUCACGGUCUCAUAAUCUAAAUUAAACGUGAAACCGUUUCUUUGUUUUUUUACGAUACGAGUUAAAAAAAAAAUCCGGCGAAGAUUCAUGAGCGAGGGUGCAGGAAAAUAAAAUACAUAUUUUAGUUUGGAGAAGCGGCAUAUACGGUGAAACGCGAAUUUGUGGAACAGAGAGACGCGUGCUCGUGCGCAGGGCUGAUACCGAACGCCACAUUACACACGACACACACAAAAGAGAUACGAGAGUAUUCUCGCUGUCUCACUGACGAAGCUUCGCGACGACGUUCUCAUUUCUUCGUUUCGACAACUUUGAGACCAAAAAAUUAUAUUUGCGACACAAGUACCAAGAAAAUUGCGCAUAACGGUGAAUUCUUUCGAUCUAUUGAUAAAUAUAAAUAGUUGAAGAUUAUUACAUCGAAGAGACCAACAAAGAAAUAGACGCCGAGGAAAUCGACGGAGGCAAAGAUCAGCCAAGGAGACAAACCAAGCAGGUCAGGAUCUGCAAAAGAUCGCGAAGCGCACACAACAUAAAUUGAUUUACCACAAGGCCGAAGCAACAACAAAGGGAAGAAAGAAAGAACCAUCAACGGAGUAAAUAAAACAGGUUUUAUAGAGUCCGAUGUCUAGUGCUGAGGUGGUGGAGAGCUCCGUUGAUCCCCCGGCUAAGAAGCGACGCGUUGCCGCAGCUGCAGCUACGUUGGCUGGUGGUGACGGAACAACGAACAUAACGGGUAACAUGGCGAAGAACGGUUCAACGUCCAAGGGUCAGGCAGAAAUUGACGAGGGGCUUUACUCCCGACAGCUUUAUGUAUUGGGCCAUGACGCUAUGCGACGCAUGGCAACUUCGGACGUGCUGAUCUCAGGCUUGGGAGGUUUGGGUGUGGAAAUAGCAAAAAAUGUUAUUCUCGGUGGUGUCAAAUCUGUGACGCUUCAUGACAAUCGCGUAGCUAAAAUUUCUGACUUGGGAACACAAUUUUAUUUGGGCGAAGCUGACAUAGGCAAAAAUCGAGCUGCAGCGUGUUGUCAACGUUUGUCAGAAUUGAACAGCUACGUGCCAACUCGCUACCACGAGGAGGAAUUGGACGAAGAAUUUUUGAAAAAAUUCAAAGUCAUUGUGCUGACGGAAACUAAUUUGGAGGAGCAAAUUCGUGUGUCCCGCGUAGCUCGUGCUAAUAACACGGCUCUCAUCGUCGCUGAUACUCGCGGCUUGUUUUCACGGGUAUUUUGCGACUUUGGUGAGAAAUUCGUGGUUGUCGAUUCUAAUGGCGAGCCACCGGUCGGUGCAAUGGUGGCGAGUAUCUCCCGGGAUGCCCAAGGAAUCGUCGCCUGUCUCGAUGACACGAGACACGGCAUGGAAGACGGCGAUUACGUAACUUUCUCCGAGGUGCAAGGAAUGACAGAGCUCAACGGUUGUGCGCCAAAGAAGAUCAAAGUUCUUGGUCCUUAUACUUUCAGUAUCGGUGAUACUUCCGAAUACUCGGAAUACGAGCAAGGCGGCAUCGUCACGCAGGUUAAAACGCCUAAAACUUUGAGUUUCAAGAGCCUUGAGGAAUCUCUGAAGAAUCCUGAAUUCCUCGUCUCGGAUUAUGGAAAAUUCGAUUAUCCAGCACAGCUUCAUCUCGCGUUCAUUGCUCUUGAUGAAUUCAAGAAAAACAAGGGACAAAUGCCUCGUCCGUGGAACACUGAGGACGCGAAAGAGUUCGUUGAAAUCGUGAAGAAGGUGAAAGAAGAUGAGGCGAGCGAUACGGAAAUAAACGAGGAUCUGAUAGAGACCUUUGCCAAAGUAUCAGCGGGUGAUCUCAACCCGAUGAACGCGACGAUCGGUGGCAUCGUCGCCCAGGAAGUGAUGAAAGCUUGUUCCGGCAAGUUUUCACCGAUUUAUCAAUGGUUCUACUUCGACGCGAUCGAGUGUCUGCCCUCGGAUCGCACGGAAAUCACCGAGGACGAUUGCAAGCCUUUGGGCUCGCGCUACGACUCGCAAAUCGCCGUUUUCGGUCGUAAAUUCCAAUCGAAGAUCGGCAGCCUCAAGUAUUUCGUGGUCGGAGCAGGAGCGAUCGGCUGCGAGCUGCUGAAAAAUUUCGCCAUGCUCGGAGUAGGCGCGGAAAACGGUUGCGUUACCAUAACCGACAUGGAUCUCAUAGAAAAAUCGAAUUUGAAUCGCCAGUUUUUGUUCAGACCAGCGGACGUACAAAAGCCAAAAUCAUCGACGGCCGCUCGGGUCGUGAAGGGCAUGAAUCCGAACAUGAACGUGGUCGCGCACGAGAACCGCGUGUGCGCCGAAACCGAAAAAGUCUACAACGACGAUUUCUUCGAGGUUUUGGACGGCGUUGCGAACGCCCUGGACAACGUCGACGCUCGUAUCUACAUGGACCGUCGGUGCGUCUACUAUCGCAAGCCGCUUCUCGAGUCCGGUACUCUGGGAACGAAGGGUAAUACUCAGGUCGUCGUACCGUUCAUCACCGAAUCGUACAGCUCGUCUCAGGAUCCCCCGGAAAAGAGUAUACCGAUCUGCACGCUGAAGAACUUCCCGAACGCGAUCGAGCACACGUUGCAAUGGGCGAGGGACAGUUUCGAGGGUUUGUUCCGACAAGCCGCCGAAAACGCGGCUCAAUACAUCGCUGAUCCCCAAUUCGUCGAGAGAACUCUCAAGUUGCCGGGCGUUCAACCGCUCGAAGUUUUGGAGUCCGUUUAUACGGCCCUCGUCGAGGAGAGGCCCCGGAGUUUCGAGGAUUGCGUCGCCUGGGCGCGAUGCCAUUGGCAGGAACAAUACAACAACCAAAUUCGACAGCUGCUCUUCAAUUUUCCUCCGGAUCAAAUCACAUCGAGCGGCCAGCCUUUCUGGUCGGGCCCGAAGCGCUGUCCGGUUCCGUUAGAGUUCGACAUCAACGACACCCUGCAUUUGGACUACAUAGUCGCAGCGGCGAAUCUCAAAGCCGUCGUCUACGGUAUCGAGCCGAAUCGCGACAGGAAAUACAUCGCUCAAAUUGUUUCAGGAGUCGAGGUACCAAAAUUCACCCCGAAAUCCGGUGUCAUGAUCGCCGAAACCGAUUCCCAAGUUCAAGUUUCAAACGGCGGUGGAAACGUCGACCACGAGAGGCUCGUUCACAUACAAAAACAAUUGCCUAAGCAAAAUGAGCUCAGUUCGAUAACGAUAAUACCACAGGAAUUCGAGAAGGACGACGACUCCAAUUUCCACAUUGACUUCAUUGUCGCUUCAUCGAAUUUACGAGCAGCCAAUUAUAAGAUUCCACUCGCCGAUAGACACAAGAGCAAACUGAUAGCUGGUAAAAUCAUUCCGGCAAUCGCAACCACGACGUCGGUCGUCGCUGGCCUCGUUUGUUUCGAGCUCAUUAAGCUCGCGAGAAACGUAACCGAUCUUGCCAUCUACAAAAAUGGUUUCGUCAAUCUAGCCCUCCCAUUUUUCGGCUUCUCCGAGCCUAUAUCAGCCCCGAAACUCAAGUAUUACGACACCGAAUGGACCCUCUGGGAUCGUUUCGAAGUCAAGGGCGAGCUUACUCUCAAAGAGUUUUUGGAUUAUUUCAAAAACGAACACAAACUCGAAGUCACGAUGCUUUCGCAAGGUGUCAGCAUGCUCUAUUCCUUCUUCAUGGCCAAGGCCAAAUGUCAAGAACGCAUGACUCUACCAAUGUCCGAAGUUGUCAAAAAAGUAUCGAAGAAAAAGCUCGAGCCCCACGUGCGAGCUCUCGUCUUUGAAUUGUGCUGCAACGACUGCGACGGUAACGAUGUCGAGGUUCCUUACGUUCGUUACACCUUACCUUGAUUCAUCCCAACGAAACAACGAGCAUCUAUCUCGUCGCGACAAUUUUCAUCGAGCUUGUGAAACUUGAAGAACGAGACGAUCAUCGAUUCGCUUCGGAAUACUUUAUGAUUAUCAUUAAAAAUCAUAAAAAUAGUAAAACGAACGAGAAAAAUACGAAAUUCGAU